AUGGAAACUCCUUUCUUCCCUAUGGGUGUCUUUGGAAUUCUAAGAGCAGGCCUCAAAAUCCCAUCCAAAAAUGGAAAGAUCUUCCUCUCCGUUGCCCUUCUCCUCCUCAUUCAAUCCUCUAUUAUAUACCUAACCAGCGACUUCGCGAUCAAACCGUUGAUCAUGGAUCUAGCGAUGAGGUCACUCACAUUGCAGAACAUCGAUCCCCAACAGCCCAGCUAUGCGAAAUUGAUCGAUGGGAUUAAAAAAGACAUUGGAAUUCUUGCGGGCGAGGAGACGAUCAUCUUAGUGGUCUCUGCUAUAGUGUCACUCUUCGUAGCUGUCGCCACAAUUUACACGUCGGCCAUGACCUACCAUGGCAAGGAUCUAACAUGCAGCGAGUUGUUCCGAAGGAUCAGAUGGACAUGGAAGCGGCCUGUGAUCACAUGGUUGUGCAUCACCCUCUUCAAUUUGGGUUUUCUUCUUUUGAUCAUAUUACUAUUAGGCUUUCUUAUGCUGAUUGCCAAGGGUUCUAUUAUAUCAACUUGUCUAGUAAUAGUUUUAGCUCUCCUCUCUCUUUGCUUCUAUGUUUAUUUCACUCUUCUUUUCAUUUUGGGUAUUGUAAUUUCGGUCAUCGAAGAGGGUAGCUAUGGAAUGGGAGCACUUGCGAAAGCUGCAGUACUGAUCAAAGGAAGAAGGUGGCAAGGUUGCAUUCUCUAUGUUCUUUUUAGUCUACUUGGGUCAGCCAUCUAUCUGGUUCUCAAUUUGGCGAUACAGGAUAUACACCUAUCCAAUAUGAGCCGAUUGGUGAUUGGUAUCGUUCUAGUGAAUGUUCUGUCCCUUGAGACCAUACUCAUAUAUAUGGUUUUUACAGUGUUUUACUUUGAGUGUAAGAAGAGCCAUGGGGAGAACGUAGAGAUAGAAGGGGAGAGUGAGUAUAGUUUGGUUCCCACCGCUUUUGUUGAGGACUCUCUUCCUUGA